CUAGCUCCAAUCAAGCGAGCACACAUCCCAAUCAGGCUAGUGCGCCAAUUACCCGAUCCCACAACGAAGCAAAGGUCUCUCAAGACUUCCUUCUCUACGUACAUCCCUCCGUCGACAACACAUCGCGAGCCCUCGCGCCAACCACCCAUCAUGUCGCUCGUGUCCGGCGAGAAGACGAACUUCCAAUACAUCCUUCGUCUCCUCAACACCAACGUUGAGGGCAAGGAGAAGAUCAUGUACGCUCUGACCCAGAUCAAGGGUGUUGGUCGCCGUUACUCCAACCUUGUCUGCAAGAAGGCCGAUGUCGACCUCACCAAGCGUGCUGGUGAGCUUACCACCGAAGAGCUUGAGCGCAUUGUCACCAUCCUGCAGACCCCCACCCAGUACAAGAUCCCCAGCUGGUUCCUGAACAGACAGCGCGACAUCACCGACGGCAAGGACUCCCAGGUUGUUUCCAACGGUCUUGACAGCAAGCUCCGUGAGGACCUUGAGCGCCUCAAGAAGAUCCGCGCCCACCGUGGUCUCCGUCACUACUGGGGUCUGCGUGUCCGUGGACAGCACACCAAGACUACCGGCCGUCGUGGUCGCACCGUCGGUGUGUCCAAGAAGAAGGGCUAA